AGCUGCCUGCGCCCUGUUGUGUUGCUCUCCGCCGCGUGGCCGCACUCCGUGGAUAACAUGUCCAUGCCCACGCUAACUUGAGCUGCUGGUUGUGUGGAUGGCCGCCUUGACUAUGUCGGAAAACUUUUGAAUAUAAACUAAAAUUGUCUUAAAAGGGAAGCGGAGAUUAAACCUUGGAGAGUUAGUUGUGCCAUGCAGCGGCUGAGAGACGACCUGUGCUGAUUCUGAAGAGUCCUCAUUGCGGACCGAUAGGGGACAGACAACAAUCAAUAUUGUGGACGUACUCUUUUGACUGAUUUUUUUUUUUAAACUUUAUUAGACGGAAUUUCCUGGGACAGGUUCGCGCUGCUUCAGGAAUAAAUGAUCACCUCAACCAGAAGAGUGUCCCCUGAUAAAUCUGAAGUUAGAAUUGCCUUCAGCCUCGACGACACAUCAGAUGUAAAAGAUGUGGAGGACAUCCCUCAGACUUUCCCAGACCUCGAACAGCGACUACAGCCAGUGCCCCCCUGUGUGUCUCUGAGAGAGAGCGUUCAGGUGUACAAGGAGCACUGCAGGAUGGCGAGAGAAUUCCACCAGGUCAAACACGAGAUCGCCGUGCUCGAGGACCACAAGCGCAAGUUGCUUGCAGAGAUGGUUGAGGAUGAGCAGGUUGCCAUGGAGAUCGCCCGUCUAGAGGAGGAGUUUAGGCGUCUAACAGAGGAGAACCGCACCUUGGUGACUGUGCACAAUGAGCGUGCUCAGCAGCUGGAGAGGCUCUGCGUGACCACCCGAACGAGGCAGGACUCCUCGUGACCUCUGACCUCCGCGGAACCUGAGGCCUCCAAACAUCCAGUUGACGCCAGGCCAGGACAACCAAGCAGAAAUAAAGGCUCAGUCAGUGCUACACAACCACAGUCAGUGAAUCAGCCAAUUACACAGUGAGGCGUCGUAUUUAUUCAUGUCUGAGUAAUUUUUUUGAACCACUGACGUGCUGUCAUCAUCAGUGUGAAGCUGUUGUAGUGAUUCUACCAGGCUAUGACACAAGACCACUUUUUCUGGGUUUUGUCAUUGUGUGAUCUUGCAGAACCUUCCUGGUCGCCACUGCAAUACCUUGCAGUAUAUUUAUGUCAGCUGCUGUGAAUGUGACCAGAUGCUCUGAUAUGUCUCAGGUCCUGUGGAGAAUCAGAUCUUUUUACCUGAGGUCUGCGAAGGGAGCCAAAGAUUGUAUGAUGUGGUCCAAAUGACAUAUUUUGAGGAGUGUUUCCCCUCCCCUCUCCCUCUUCCCCACCUCCCACACUUGCCUGUCAAAGUUCCUGUAAUGAUAAAAGGAAAUGAGUGUGUAACAGAGUGUCGGGGAUCGGGAAAUUAUAGCCAUUUGUACGAAACAGCAAAAGAAGAAGGGUGAUUGUUCAUUUCACAAUCUGCAGUAACAUAAUACUGUUAGAGUUGUACUUUUUUUUGACAUCUCACCCACCUGUAGAUGGAGAAGUAUACAACAAGAUAAACUGUUGCUUAUCAUCCUCGUCUAUUAAUAAAAUGCAUUUUAUUUUAACA